ACCAUAAACACACACCACACCAAACACACACCACACCACACACACACACCCACACACACACACACACACACACACCAUCAACACUCUCCACACCAUCAACACACACACCAUACCAUCAACAGACACCACAACACACACUACACCCCUCAAAUCCCACUCAAAGCAGAAUCUCCCACCCUUGCCAUUGUCCUGGACCCCCACUAAGCCAAAGUCCACUAUCAGCAGUGUGACAUGUAAGGGAAAGUGUCCAUGGUGCAGAAUACUUUAAACCCCCUUUAUUGUGGGGCCAUUGUUAUGUUGACCUCGUGAUACCUCUCCUCUUCCUAUUGGCCAUAUGUAUCAGGUGGUCAACCUCUCCUCUCCCUAUUGGCCAUAUAUAUCAGGCAGUCCACGUCUUUCCACUCUCUCACACUGAAGGGACAAACGUGGACAACAAACGGUGGACAAAAUGUCGCAGUACUCAGGCAAGAUCUGUUUCUAUGAGGGGAAAUGCUUCACGGGCAGGAAGCUGGAGAUCUGCGGUGACUGUGAUAACUUCCAGGACCGUGGGUUCAUGAACCGCGUCAACUCCAUCCGCGUGGAGAGCGGUGCCUUCGUUUGCUUCGACCACCCCGACUUCAAGGGCCAACAGUACAUGCUGGAGCACGGAGAGUACCCCGAGUUCCAGAGAUGGAACGCCCACAACGAUCACAUGGGCUCCUGCAGACCUAUCAGGAUGCAUGGAGAACACUACAGGAUGGAGUUGUUUGAGGGAGCUGACUUUGCUGACCAGUGUGUUGAGGUGUGUGAUGACGUGCCCUUCCUGCAGGGACGCGGUCUGACCAAGAACUGCAUCAACUCUCUGAAGGUCUACGGAGACGGAGCCUGGGUGCUUUAUGAGGAACCUAACUUCCGUGGCCGUAUGUAUAUUGUGGAGAGAGGAGACUACUGUAGUCACGUGGAGUGGCAGGCCCAGAACCCCAACAUCCAGUCCAUCCGCAGGGUUGUCAACUACUUUUAAACUACGACCCCUGACCUCUGACCUUAGUCCGAGAGGUCAAACCUGGGAUGUCAACCAGUAAGGGGCACAACUUUACGGAAAAUGUUCAGAUGACAUAGUCAGUUCUAUUCAUGACAUUUGUAUCUGUAACAUUCUGAAAGUGUCACCUCACUGAUUGUGAAUACAUCACUGGGUAGAAAAUACAUACAUGCACACAUACAUACAUACAUACAUACAUACAUACAUACAUACAUGCAUACAUACAUGGAUUACACGACGGAGCUUGGCGAGGUAUAGUCAACAACGUUUACAUCACAGGGCACGGAACUGUUUCUUUUAUCUCCUAAUCGAGUUGUAAAAUAAUAAAAAGACAGAACCAAAAAG